AUGACUUCCAAGAAGGGCAAGACCGCAGCCGCCGGCGACGACAUUGAUGACCUAUUCGAGGGCAUUGUUGACGAUGCCCCGAAGAAGUCACUCGAAAAGAAGUCCAAACCUACGACAGCCGCCUCCAAGGCCAUGGAAGACCAGGACAUCUUUGCCGAGCUUGAGAAGGACCUCGAGCAGCCCUCCCGCCCACACACACCGCGUGUUCGGGAGCCUGCUACCAAGGGAUCUCCUGCUCGACGGACUGCGACACCGACUGUCGCCGACGAUAAGUCUGCCACAGCUCCCCGCAAAUCCAACGACAGCGCCAGAUCCUUGCGAGCCAGCUUCACCCCGAGCGCCACAAGCUCCGAUGUGCAAGAGUCGGAGAAGAGGGCUGUUAUCGAACAAUCUGUUGCAGCCCCCGCUGAAGCUCCUUCUGGCGGAGGCUGGUGGGGAAGUGUCUUCUCCACGGCAACUGCUGCCAUGAAGCAGGCAGAGGCCGCCGUAAAGGAAAUCAGGGACAACGAAGAGGCCAAGAAGUGGGCGGAACAGGUGCGCGGCAAUGUUGGCGGGCUCCGGGCCCUGGGAGACAACCUACGCCAGCAGGCCCUUCCCACCUUCACCGACCUCCUACACACUCUUGCUCCCCCAAUCAGCCAGCACGAACGAUUGAUGAUCCACAUUACGCAUGAUAUGGUCGGCUACCCUUCGCUCGAUCCCCUCGUGUAUGAAGUCUUUUCCCGCGUCAUGGCUCAGGUCGAGGGCGGCGACCUGAUGGUCAUCCAGAAGGGCCAGGAAAAUACCAGCCGGAGGUCGAAUGAUGUAGCUUCCGGCUGGCGUGACGGCCCUUGGUGGAAGCAGUCCGAGCUAGCUCGCGAUCUCGGGCUGAUCAAGGGCCUGGUGGAGGGCACCAAACUUUGCCGCGCCGGCGCCGAGGGCUAUGCUGGCGAGUACUUCGCCGCGCAUGGCGGCAUUGCAGAGGCCAAAGUGCGAGCCACCGAAUCUGUCAGCGAGACCAACCCUGUGCGCAGUUCGGAUCUUUUCCUGGCGAUCCAAGCCAUAAGCGUCGAUUCGGACGCUGCAUUAUUCGCACGCGCAGCUGCCAUUGAAAAUGGUCAGGAUUCGCCUGCCGUUGCUGAUCCCAAGGAGACGGACAGUUUUGUUUGCUUCGCCGUUUUUGUGCUUGACCCUGUUCACGAGAUAGAGUACUCAACCGUCAGUCAGACCAUACCGGCGAAAUGGGUCAAGUGGCUUGACGCCGCGAACCCUCUGACCCCUGGUAGCGGCGAAGAUGGCGAAGACCAGCACCUGCGCUCGUUGGUCCCCGACGAGAUUAGGGAGAUUGUCGAGAGUGGUGGUGUCGAUCCCAGGGAAUGGGCUGCUGAGUGGAUUGAGGAGCAGCUGAGUCUCGCCGUCGGCAUCAUUGCACAGCGAUAUGUCGCCCGAAGGAUGGGCGUUAGCGAAGGUAGCAUUGGUAAGGGCAAGAGGGGUGUUGGUGAGCUUGUCGAGGAUGGCGCGGGUGAGGCAGCGAGGGCUGGUCUGAUUUGA